AGCCCCCUGUUUCGCCAGACUGCUCUCACUCACUGCCCCGUUCCCCAUACCUCUCUCCUCCGUCCUUCGCCAUGAGCUCCGCCAUUGCCAAUGGUGGGAAGGCCGCCGGCCCUGGCCGUCUCGCCACCGUCUACAGCGAGGUCCAGACCAGCCGCCUCAAUCACCCUCUCCCUCUCCCUUCCGUCCUCGGUGGUUCCUUCAAGAUCGUCGAUGGCCCCGCGAGUUCUGCCGCUGGGAAUCCGGAUGAGAUUGCGAAGUUGUUUCCUCAACUGUUUGGUCAGCCCUCGGCUCUGCUGGUUCCGACUGGAUCUGCUCCUUCUGAGUUGAAUAAGACUAUUAAGAUCGGUGUUGUGCUUUCUGGGGGCCAGGCUCCCGGUGGGCACAACGUCAUCUCUGGCAUCUUCGAUUAUUUGCAGGAUCGGGCAAAGGGAAGCACGAUAUAUGGAUUUAAAGGAGGCCCGGCUGGGAUAAUGAAGUGCAAGUAUGUUGAGCUGACCACGGAUUUUAUCUAUCCUUACAGGAAUCAGGGUGGGUUUGAUAUGAUCUGCAGUGGAAGGGAUAAGAUUGAGACUCCAGAGCAGUUUAAGCAAGCUGAAGAAACAAGUUUAAAGCUAGAUUUGGAUGGACUUGUUGUUAUUGGUGGGGAUGACUCUAAUACUAAUGCAUGCCUUCUUGCUGAGAACUUUAGGCAAAAGAAUAUUAAAACACGAGUGAUAGGCUGCCCAAAGACAAUUGAUGGAGAUUUGAAAUGCAAGGAGGUUCCAACAAGCUUUGGAUUUGAUACAGCUUGCAAGAUAUAUUCGGAAAUGAUAGGAAAUGUGAUGAUAGACGCUCGUUCAACUGGCAAAUAUUAUCACUUUGUAAGGCUGAUGGGCCGUGCUGCUUCUCACAUCACAUUAGAGUGUGCAUUACAGACUCAUCCAAACAUUACCAUCAUUGGUGAAGAGGUGGCUGCCAAGAAGCAAACUUUGAAAAGUGUGACAGAUUAUAUUACUGAUAUCAUUUGCAAACGUGCGACAUUGGGAUAUAACUAUGGUGUCAUUCUUAUUCCAGAAGGCUUAAUUGAUUUCAUUCCUGAGGUCCAACAACUGAUUGCAGAACUGAAUGAAAUCCUUGCUCAUGAUGUUGUUGAUGAAGAGGGAGUUUGGAAAAAGAAACUUCAGAAUCAAUCACGGCUUCUGUUUGACUUUUUGCCUCAAGCCAUCCAAGAGCAAUUAUUGCUUGAGAGAGAUCCACAUGGGAAUGUACAGGUUGCUAAAAUUGAAACUGAAAAGAUGCUUAUAUCGAUGGUUGAAACUGAAUUAGAAAAGAGAAGACAGGAGGGAACUUAUUCAGGGCAAUUUAAAGGACAGUCUCACUUUUUUGGAUAUGAAGGACGAUGUGGUCUACCUACAAAUUUUGAUGCCACUUAUUGCUAUGCAUUGGGUUAUGCUGCAGGGGCUCUUCUUCAUUCUGGGAAAACUGGUCUCAUUUCCUCGGUUGGCAACUUAGGUGCUCCUGUUGAAGAAUGGACUGUUGGAGGGACUGCCUUAACUUCACUAAUGGAUGUUGAGCGGAGGCAUGGCAAGUUCAAACCUGUGAUCAAGAAGGCCAUGGUUGAGCUUGAAGGUGCACCAUUUAGAAAGUUCGCAUCCAUGCGAGAUGAAUGGGCCAUGAAGAAUCGGUACAUCAGCCCAGGCCCCAUUCAAUUUAUUGGCCCUGGAUCCGACGACAUCAACCAUACCUUGCUGCUGGAACUCGGAGCACAGGCUUGAGAGGUCGAUUUUAUUUCCAGUUUGUCUUGAAGAAAUAGAUCGAGUUGUUGUGCAUGACAUGCGAGAGUCUGAUGGUUGAGUUUUAUAUGCAUUCUUGUUAAGAACAACUAAUAAAAUUCAUUGCACAGUGCUUGGUAACAUUGGCUGAAGCGAAAUGCAGAGUGCUUUUGUUCUCAAUCAUUUCUAAUAUCUUGCUUAUGAAUGACUAUCCUCAUUUAAUCA